GUGGAAUGAAUCAAAGAAAAACAAAACAAAAAGGCUUCUCACAAGCUCAGAAGUAGCAGUAAGACUGGGCAAGAACUAUAGAUGGCAACCAUAAAUAUGGAAGGCAAGCAUCGGAAAAAUAGAUAUAUUGCAACGAUUCCUCCUACUUUCCCUUUGCUUUCACAGUCUGCCGUGUUGUGUUUCGAUCUGAAGCUUAAAUCUGUGUCUUUAAAUCCCCCUGCUGCCUCUCUUGUUAUGUUCCCAGCCAGGAGAGCUGCUUCUUCCCCCGUCCACAUCACAGGCGCCUCUCCUGCUGUGUCAUGCCAGCAGAUUUAUUUUUAGUCACUUUUCUGAAAGGCACACUGGAACCUACCAUCCUAUACAUGGGGCAGAGAGAAAAAGGGGGAAUUGGGGGAAAGCUGGGGAGGGGCUUUACGGUGCAGCUAAACCUCACAGUUGCUGUGACCAAAGGAGGCAACAGACGCACUACAUCACACUCAGAACACACCCUGACGGCGGUAUAGUGUGGUACAGUGGACAAGAGGUGGUUGAGAGACGGUGAGAGUUUGCAUAACAGGCUGCAAAGGCUUGUUCAAAGGGACGGAUGGGAAUGCUGAGUCAGUGAAACUGCAUGAAAGCCUGGGAGAGGGUAGAAGAGGGUAAACGGCAGGGGGAGAGGGAGGAGAGAGGUAGCAGCCAGGGUAGAUGGGGUAAGAUGUGCUGUAUGAUAGUCACUUGUUCCAUCUCUUAUUUGUAAAUGUGGCGCUGGCAGUUCAUCCUUAUUGACCACAAGAGACUUUAAUCUGCUGAUAUAAGGGGGAAGUUGGUUUUUUUUUAGUUGGAACUGUCCCUUUGUAGGUUUCAGCAAGCAAGAUAAAGCGAGUCAAAUGGAGGUAGACGAGCUGAUGUGUUUACCGAGGUUGCCCAGGGUGGCUGUGUGUGGCGGUACCCAUGGCAACGAGCUGUCUGGAGUGUACUUGGUGAGAGAGCUGCUGAAAGUGGAGAAGAAAGCGGUGGAAGAGGAGGAAGAGCCCGUGUCGGUGAUGAUAGUGCUGUCAAACCCACGGGCCACGCAGCAGUGCCACAGAUACGUUGACACCGACCUGAACCGCUGCUUCACCCACGCCACCCUCAACGGUCCCAUAUCAGACACAGACCCCUACGAGAUCAUUAGGUCGCGAGAGCUCAACGCCUUGCUGGGUCCCAAAGGCAGUCGGCAGGCGGUGGAUCUCGUCUGUGACCUCCAUAACACCACUGCCAACAUGGGCAUGUGCUUCAUUACAUACUCGGACUGCGACUGGAUCUGCCUGCACAUAUUCAGACACCUACAGAAGGAGAUACCAGACAUACCAAUGAGGUUCAUCCAUUUUGAUGUCUCCAAUAAAGAAUCAUAUUCCCUUGAUUCAGUAGGAAAGCAUGGCUUUGCCAUGGAGAUCGGCCCUCAGCCCCAUGGUGUAGUCAGAUCCAACAUCUACACAGCAAUGAAGGGUGGCGUGCAGCACAUGCUUGAUUGGGUCCGUUUAUUUAACUCAGGUGCAAUAUUUAGAGGAGGGUUUGUGGAUGUGUUCACCAUGGUUAAACACAUCGACUACCCGAGAGACAGUGUGACUCACAACAUCACAGCAGCCAUUCAUCCUCACCUCCAGGACCGAGAUUUCUGCCUCCUCCACCCUGACGACCCACUGUUCCAGACGUUCUCAGGUGAAACGCUGAGGUAUAAAGGCAAAGAACCUCUUUAUCCUUUCUUCAUCAAUGAAUGUGCUUACUAUGAGAAGGGCAUUGCUCUGUCCCUGGCGAGAAAGAGGCGCGUGAUGAUUCCUUCAAUCCGAGUGGAGACAGAGCAGGAGCAACAAGCUAAUCAUCAGCAAUAUUCAUCAGAGGACGAGAACUGAAGAUGUUUGGACAUGAGACUGGUGUGACUCUGAAAUAAAUUUUUAGGAAAACCUUUAUUGAAAUGAAAGCAUGUGUACGCUUGCAUAUACUUGCACACAAGUGUACAGUUUGUAACUUUUCACAACUGGAGAAAGAACAACGUUUUCACUUUAGAUUCACAAAUGCCAUACAUUAUGCUACAAUGCAUUCAGGGAUUUCUUGUAUUUAAAGGCUGAAUGUGUGAAAUACAGUCUUAUUUACCAUGAGA